AUGUCUCUGAUACCCAAGCACCAAACACCUUCUUCCUUGUCCCCGGGCAGCGCUUGGGUUCUGGAGCGCAGCGCUGGGAGAGAGCUGCCGAAAUCCCCCUGCUGGAGGCGGCGCUGCGUGCCUGGGUCCCGAACAGACCUGGAGCGGGCGGCAAGACUAAAGGUCCACCAGCAGAGGGAGGGUCCUCCCUCCCCUUCCCCUGAGCCUGCGUCCCACGUGUUCAGGACGCCGCAGGGGCGGAGGCCGGGUUGGCUUCGCCGCGCCCCCUCCCCGCCCCGCACAGCAGCCUAUAGUCGCGGGUCGCGGGUGAGUCCCCGCCCCUCAUCGUCCUCGGAGCGCAAGGUUUGGGGUGAGGGCCGGAGAUCAGGGAGAGAGCUGUCAGAAAGGCAUCUUGUCAUCCUCUGUCGGCACGAAGGCAGCUUCCUCCAUGAAAUACCUUCCUGGGAGCAGUUGGAGAUGAGAGCAGUGCCUGACACAGAGAAAGUGAUCAACAAGUGUUUGGUGUUCACCAAUAUGAAUUCCAGAGGUGUUGGCCAUUAUGAAGUGAGGUGCAUAAAAAUGUUUUCGAUGGACAGCAGCCAUUGGGUGCUAUCAUCAGAAAAUGAAAAGACAGAGGUAUUUUCCCCCAGGACUUUCUUUGUAGAGGUGAUAGUGAGAUCUUCACAUAAGGCACUGGUUCCAGGAAAGGUGAGGUGUGCACUACACGAUGAUAUCUCAGGGGCUUCCUGUGUAUGCUUCAAGUUUCAGAUUAUGGGCACCUGGAGAAUGAAGAAUUGAAGGAGAGACACUGUAUGAUUUCAGAGAAUCCAGGUCUUUUGCCUAAGUCUAUCUCACAUAUCCAAUUAGAAAACUUAACACGAGUGUGCUAGAUGCUACAGUCUGAAUGUUUGUGUCCCCUCCAAUUUUCAUGUUUGUUAAAACCUAAUCCCCAAUAUGAUGGCAAUUGGAGGUGGGUAUCUUUGAGAGGUGAUCAGGUCAUGAGGGUGGCACCCUCAUAAAUGGGAUUAGUGUCCUUGUAAAAGAGACCCCAAGGAGCGCCUUCAUCCCUUCUGCUGUGUGAGUGUAUAGAGAGAAGAUGGACCCUGAAUAUGCUAGCACCUUGGACUUUCAGCCUUCAGAGCUGUGAGAAGUUUCUGUUGUUUAAACUGCACAGCCUAUGGUAGUUUGUUGUAGCAGCAUGAACUAAGAUGCUAGUUUUCUUUUUUCUUUCGUUUUAUUGAGAUAUAUUCAUACCAUAAAAUCCAUUUAUUAAAAGUGUAUAGUUUUGUGGUUUUUAACAUAUUCAGAGCACAGUCAUGACCAUGUUUUAGAAAAUUUUCAUACUUCAGAAAGGAAACCUGUCCCCAUUAACAGGUGCUCCCUGUUGCCCACCCACAACCCUGGGCAACCAGUCAUCUAUUUUCUGUCUUUAUGGAUUUGCCUAUUCAUUCUGGACAUGUGGAAUUAAUACAAUAUGUGGUCUUUUGUGACUGACUUCUUUCCCUUGGCAUAACGGUUCAAGGUUCAUCCAUGUUGUGGCAUGUAACAGGACUUUGUAAUUUUUUCAUUGCCACAUAAUAUUCUGUGGUGUGGACAGAUGACAUUUGCUUAUCCAAUUAUCAGUUGCUAGCCAUCUGUAUUGCUCCUAUUUUUUGGCAAUUAUAAAUAAUGUUGCUGUGAGCAUUGUGGACACAUUUUUGUGUGCACAUGUAUUUUAAUUUCUCAUGGUUGUAUACCUAGGAGUGGACUUGUUGGGGCAUGUGGCAACUUUAUGUUUAAUAUUUUGAGGAAUUACCAAACUUAAAAACACAUUUCUAAGCUAAUAGGCACAAAUAAAGGUAUAAAAUUGGGAAGAACUGACACAUUUCCUUAGGUAUCACAUCAGACUUCAAAAAGAUUUGCUUGGCAUGUUUUGGGAAAAGCACAGAACACAGAAAUUACAA